AUGCAUUAUGCAAUUUUGCCCAUCCCUAUUCGGGAUAUGUCAAAAUUACCAAAUUUGGGUUAUGCACCUUUGAAUUCAGAUUUUGAUAAUUUCUAUAUAAGAUUAAAAUUGCAAAUCAAUGAUUGUUUUAAUUGUCCUGUCACUGGUGUACCUGAUUGUUUAAAUCUAAGUAGUUAUAAUUAUUUGGAAUUUGCUCAGAAUGAAGGUCCAUGCGCUGAUGCUGUUGAACAGACAGUUAGAAAAUAUGGUAUUUCAUCUUGUAGCUCAAGAAUUGAAGUUGGUACAUUGGAUCUUCAUUUACAAGUGGAAUUACUGAUUGCCAGAUUUGUUGGUAAGCCUGCUGCUAUGGUUGUUUCAAUGGGUUAUGCUACUAAUAGCACCACUUUUCCUGCUUUGGCUUCAAAAGGUUGUCUAAUCAUAUCUGAUGAACUUAACCAUAGUUCAAUUGUGUUUGGUAGUCGUCUAUCUGGUGCUUUCAUCAGAGUUUUCAAACAUAAUAGCAUGGAAGAUCUGGAAAAUUUAUUGAAGGAAUGUAUUAGUCAAGGGCAACCAAGAACCCAUCGACCUUGGAAAAAAAUUUUAUUGGUUGUUGAAGGUCUUUAUUCCAUGGAAGGUAGUAUAUGUAAUCUGCCAAAAAUCAUUGAAUUAAAAAGAAAAUAUAAAUUUUAUUUGUAUGUUGAUGAGGCACAUAGUAUAGGCGCACUAGGUCCAAGAGGUAGAGGUGUGUGUGAUUAUUAUGGUAUAGAUCCUGAUGAGGUUGACAUUUUGAUGGGAACAUUUACAAAAUCAUUUGGUGCUGCUGGUGGAUACGUUGCAUCAUCAAAAGAGACUAUUGAUGCUCUUCGAUUGUGGAACCAUGCAUCAGUCUAUGCUGAAUCAAUGACGCCACCAAUACUACAACAAAUCUACACUUCAAUGUCAAUCAUUAUGGGUGAAGACGAUGCAAAAAGUGGAGAAGGCAAGAUAAGAUUGGAAAGAUUGGCAUUCAAUGCUAGAUAUUUGAGCACAAAUUUGAGAAGAAUGGGUUUCAUCAUUUAUGGUGAUACUGACUCACCAAUCAUCCCAUUACUGCUAUUCAACCCUGCUAAAAUACCUGCCUUCUCAAGAGAAUGUCUAAAGCGAAACAUUGCUGUAGUCGUUGUUGCAUAUCCUGCCACACCAAUGAUCUCCUCUAGAGCUAGAUUUUGCAUUUCAGCUGCUCAUACUAAACAAGAUUUAGAUGAAAUAUUAAAAUCUUGUAACGAGAUUGGUGAAAUCUUGCAACUUAAAUUAUCAAGCAAAGUUCAAAGAAAAUCAAUAGAAGAGGUUUUAAAAAUUAAUGAUAUAUAA